UUUCUUGGUACAAGCUGCUGACCUAGUUUAGAUUUUAUUUAUAAGUGAGCAUGAGUGCAUUCAGGCUGCAGCAGCUGAAGGGGCAGCUAAUACCUGAAACUAAGAUCCCAACAAUGGCAGGCUCACCGAGUCCUCUGACCACUCAUGUGUUGAACACUGCCAUGGGUGUCCCAGGGUCAAACAUGACCAUCAGACUAUAUCAACAAGACCUCUCAACUAAUGUUUGGACUCUGAUAACCACUGGGACAACUAAUGAUGACGGACGAUGCCCAGGACUCAUCACAAAGCAACAGUUUAAACCUGCUGUGUAUAAAAUGCAUUUUGAGACCGCUCAGUACUGGGAGAGAAUGGGAGAGACGUCCUUCUACCCUUAUGUUGAGAUUGUUUUUACUAUAACUAACCCAGAUCAAAAGUAUCAUAUCCCCCUGCUUGUGAGUCGUUUUUCCUACAGUACGUACCGGGGGAGCUAGAGACCGAACACACUGGAGUCUCCUGUGGUACAACCCCAGCAAGGACAUCCCUCAGAGCUGAAUAAAAUUAUUUUGUAUUUGAGUAAAAGUAUCAUUUAGAAUAAGAACUGAAGGGUUUAUUGUGGAAACGUGCUGGAAAAAAGUUGUAAAAUUGAAGUGUUUGUUACAAAAAAUGUAGGAAUUGUUCCAUUCAUCCCUGUGUUGCUCUAACAGUAAACUGUAUACUCAUAUAAGUGAUAAAAAUGAACAUGUAGACCCUUCUAUGAUCCCUCUCAGAUUGAUUAAAGCAGCCGUUUAUUUUACCCAAUAAAACCGUCAAUGUCUUUCCUUCUUUGGUAAUGUUUUAAAACAUCCACUUAAAUAUAAGAUUACCAAAACAUUUUUGUUAUAAGGUGGAGGCUGCAUACAUGUGUUCAGCAACACUUAUUGUUUCUUAUGGCUGCAUUAAAGUGUGGUUUCAUUUUCACGUUCUGGUUCUGCAUUUGAGCUUUAGUAAAAUAAAUGAAGGUAACACACACACACACACACACACACACACACACACACACACACACACACACACNCACACACACACACACACACACACACACACACACACACACACACACACACACACACUGAAAAAGUCAUAUUUCUACAGGCCUGCUUGCUUGUGAAGGAUUGUGUUAUUUUAUCUUCAUACUGUUUUGUUGUUGUGUUUUAUGUUGUUAAUCUGAUAUUGUUUGUAUCURGUUUGAACAUAACAACAAUAAAUUCACAAGUAAUA